GCGGAAUCCGGAUGUGAUGAAAAAUGUUUCAGCUGAAACUUUCUCCAGGCGCGCGUGGGACGCUCGCUCACAGUCUCAUUACUUUGUGAAUAUCUGACAUGGCAUUUUGAACAGUUGUUGCGAAGUUUUACACGGUUUUCAUCCUUGAAACACUAAAACGUAAACGUUUAUUGCUAACGGGACAAAGUUUUUCCUGGAGGAAGGAUGCGAAGAAAAAAUACGUCUGGGAGUUGACAUGUUUGAAAGGUACAACGCUUGAUUUGGUAGGGGACUGUGUUUUUUUUUCGGGUGUGUUUCGUAUUUACACAGACGUCUGGCUCAUGUCCUCGGAGACUAUCUUACCUCCGGAGGGGCCUGAAGGGCCAAAAAAGCAGCUCCAAAAUGAAACAAGCCCGUUCUUGACAAACUCUCCAGAGAAAUGCAACAGCUGCCCUGAUGAAUGCUCAAACACUACAGAAAUAUUACCAUCUUCACUACACAAAGAUCACACUUCAGAGGAACAGGGUCACAUGACAGAGGAGAACCACACCCAUGAUGGGGACCUUGUUAGAACUCAACCUCAGCCGCUACCCCAGCCAACAGCAUCCCUGCCCCAUGCCAGCGAUGGAGAGGCUGCCAGGCAACAGAACGGCACGCACACAGGUCUGAGUAACGGCCACGGCACGCCCCGUGGGGUCACAGAUACCCGCACCUCAGAGCCCAAGAGACACCCGUCGCCCGUCUCGCACCGCGUACAGAGGAAGAUUCGCUCUAGCCUAUCGGUUAACAGCGACAGCAGCAGAAAGAGCAAAAACAGCUCGACGGGUUCUCACAAACCCGGCUCCACUCCAGAGGCAGACUGCUGUGUCCACUGCAUCCUGGCCUGUCUGUUUUGUGAGUUUCUCACUCUGUGCAAUAUGGUGGUGGCUCAGGCCUCAUGCGGCACCUGCACGUCAGAAGCCUGCUGCUGCUGUUGCUGUGCGGACGACCUGGGAGACGACUGCAACUGCCCCUGCGACAUGGACUGUGGCAUUAUGGACGCGUGCUGCGAGUCUUCCGACUGCCUGGAAAUUUGCAUGGAAUGCUGCGGAAUCUGUUUCCCUACAUAAAAGGGAAGUGACGACCAGGACAGAUGUGUGUGUUCAAAUCACACCAGUGAACGAUCUGUUCCCGAGCUCAACAUGAUCUUGGAAAGGUCAUAAAAACUAUACAAAGGACCAAAAUAUUUUUUGCAUAUUGUACUUAUACUUGUAUAAAACUACAUAGACCUUUAAUGUUUAAUGGGAAAUUUUAUCUGAAAAAUGUUGUCAUCAUUUACUUAGCCCAUGUCAUUUCAUUGGUAUAAAUGUCUUCAGGUAAACUAAAAAUGAAAAUCUGAGGCAGAAUGUCCAAGCUGUUACUUUUAGAAAUAAGAUUGUUAUUUUUUUACGCCAAAGAAGCACUAUAAUAGCACUACAUUGAUGCAAACUAAAAUCGUAAUUGUUAUUGAUAGACAAAGUAAAGUUGUUCAUUUCAGUAAAUUUUCCCCACCACAGCUUGUUAACUGAACAUUAACCUUUAACUGAUUCGAUUUUAAUAUUAAAUUGCCAUUGAGUAAAAAUACAGUUGACGGUUGUCUGUGACCCGGUAAAAACAAUACAAACAUUUUAUGUAAUGUGAACGUGCAAAUAGCAGCAACAGAACCAGGAUUAUAAUCAAACUUUUACGCAACAUUACGUUAUCAAAUAGCAUGCGAUCAAUCCAGAGGAUUAAUAUCCAAAAAGUGCAGAUUGUUUCUUUUUCAUCUACCACAAUGGCCAUGUCUUAAGCAGGACACAUUUCAAAAUGUUUUGCUUUUGCAUCUUUUUGUGUUUAUGAUCGGCGAUCAGCGAAGGUCUGGCCACUAAUAUGUGCACAAGAUGGGCCGCAUCCAACUUGCAGCUUCCAAAGCAUACUCGAGCACGGACACACAUGCAGUACAAAUAAUUUCUUAUACAAAUUAUUAUCAGACCGUCAGGGCAGCACUGAUUCAUUUACAGGCUACAUUCACACGGGGCGUAAGCGGUGACACUUUCCAUUCACUUUUAAUGGGUGACGUCAUGCAUUGCCAAACUGAAUUGUGGAUCCAUUGGCGCCGCAUCACUGCCACUGCUCGUGGCAGAAGUUUAACAUUUCUCAACUUUUUAAGCUGCAACUCGUGCGUCAGCCAAUCAGAUCGCCUUAUGCAAAUAACCUACGCAGAGCCAGCCAAUUACGUUUAUGGAAGACCUGGAGCAUGUGUUGCGGCCAUUGUGAUUGGCUGUUGGUCAAGCGUUAACGCUUUCGCCCCGUGUGAAUGUACCAUUACAGGACAUUUACAAAUUAAGUAUAGAAAAGUGGCGAAAUGUCUGAAGGCACGUGUCAAUAAAUUCUUACCUUUGGUUAACUGGUCAAUAUGAGCAUCUCUAAGACAAAGUUUCCUAUUGGCUUUGUUUUAAAAAUCACUUGCAGCAUGAUGGUGAGUAAAUGAUGACAUAUUUGAAUUGUUUGGGUGAACCAUUCCUUUAAAUCACGUAUUCAGUGCUUUAUACCUAAUGCUUUAUUGUCUUUUUGUAAAACCGUUCUAUUUACAAUUUUUAUUUAGUUUUCAUUUCUAUGCAAGGGUUUUUAACACCCCAUUCUUUUUCUUUACCAUCUCAAUGUUAAAAUGAAAAGUGAGCACACAUCACCUGACUUGAGUUCGCUCACAAAUCACUACAGUAUAUUUUAAGUGGAAACAACGCGUUUACACUGUCAAAAGUCAAGCCUUAAAUGGGAUAUUAUGUUUUUUUGAAAAACGUUAAAUGACAAUCUUUAUUUAAGCAGGGUCUGCUGUAGCUCAUCUCAUUUAAAGGGACAUUCCACUUUUUUUCCAGCUGCCCUAGAGUAAAACAUUUGAUUCUUACCGUUUUGGAAUCUAUUCAGCCUAUCAGUGUUGUUUUUGGCAGCCCUUUUAGUUUUAGUCUUAGUCUUUUGGACGAAAAUGCUUUUUAGUUUUAGUCACAUUUUAGUCGACGAAAACACAAAAAAGCUUGUAAAGUUUUAGUCGAUGAAAACGCAAAAAGGUUUUAGUCAAGUUUAAGUCUUUAACAAAUUAAUUUAGGUUAAAAAGUAUUGGAAAUGGGCUUAGGUUUGACAAGUAGAUACAUGUAGAAAUGUGUCACAAGCUGAUUGUCGAGUAAAAUUGAAUGUAUAUGAUAUGUUAACAGCGUGACUUGUUAGUUACUUUUGAAAAAAUAUCAGCAUGAUGAGCCUUCAGGUGCAGCUUGAGGUUGGUGGUAUUCUUCCCACCUAGUUUGUGGCCACAUUUACCGUCGUCUCCCAAUAUGCAUUCCGUUUUUCUUUCUGAUGGAUUACACUGAAAGUAUGUCCAUAAAUCAUCUCGUCGUUUCCGUUUAUUGGCAUCACCGCCACGGUCCUUCGAGCUUGCCACAGCCGAAGGUGUGUUGUUGUUGAGUGAAAUCUGGUGCGCGUGCGCGACAUGGCGGCAGCCGGGUGGUGGGCGUACCCAAAACAAGGGUAGGAAGCGGCAGCAUUGCUAAUACUUUUUAGCUAAAAACAGACAGAUUUCAUACAAAAUAGGCAGAAAUGACAUGCAUUGUGAACGUCAAACUUAUAAUCAUUUUCGUUCCGUCUCGUCAUGUUUUCGUCACCUUAGAGCCAUUUUUAGCUAGUCUUCGUUGCGUUAUUGUCAUAAAAAGGUGUGUCAACCAAAUCAUUUUGUUAUCGUCAUCGUUGAUGAAAACAACACUGCAGCCGAUCUCUGGGUCUGGCGCUAGCACUUUUAGCAUAGCUUAGCACAAUCCAUUGAAUGUGAUUAGACCAUUAGCAUCACGCUAAAAAAUAACGAAAGAGUUUUGAUAUUUUUCCUAUUUAAAACUUGAAUCUUCUUUAGUUACAUCGUGUACUAAGACCAACAGAAGAUUAAAAGUUGUGAUUUUCUAGGCAGAUAUGGCUAGGAACUAUACUCUCAUUCUGGCGUAAUAAUCAAGGACUUUGCUGAUGUAACAUGGCUGCAGCAGGCGUAGUGAUCUUACGCACUGCCCGAAAAUAGUCCCCUUGGUUACUUUCAAUGGGGACUAUUUUCGGGCAGAGUGUAAUAUCACAAAAAAAGUGGAAUGUCCCUUUAAAGUCCCAAAGUUUGUUGUCCAAUGACAUUAGCGGUUAGCUUAGUGAGAAGUCUUUGAUGUUACUCAAACUGGAUAAACAAAUCGCUUAAAAUUCUGAUAUAAAAAUCAACUUGAACUUUUAUACGCAAAAAGAAGCGAGACGUGCACUUGUAAAAAAACAUGUAUUGACCAAUCACCCUAUUGAUGUGGGUGCUUCCCAGAAUGAUCAUACCUGGUGUCUUGAAGUUAUUACGUAAUUGUGACCCCCCCCCUUUAAAUCUCUACUAAAGAUACACAACAUUGUAAAAAGUUACUUUAAUUCAUAACACUUAGAAAAUGUAAGUUUAUUCAAAUGUAUUACCUAAAGUGAGAUUUAUGUGUUACAAAUUGAAGUAUUUUUUUUAAGUUGAUUCAACUUUUACUUUUUACAGUGUAGCAAAGCACCUUUUUGCCUUAUUUCUUAAGUGAAUACUGGAAACACUUGCAAAGCUUUUUUUAUUCUUGAUUGUUAAAUCAUAAAUUCGAUUUUGAUUACCUUGCCUAAGGCCUUUUUGUGAAUUGUACAAACUUGACAUUUAUCUGCAUUAUUUAAGCUAAUGUUAACAUCAUAAUGUGUUUUUGUUUGUGGCGCUUAUGGUACGCUGUGUGUGCUUGUGAGUCAUUUGAUCAAAAGUGCUCGUCACUUACUUGCCAAACUGCACCUCAGAACACAGUGUGACUGAUCUAACCCAUGCCAUCACACUUUAUAAACAGGUUUUAAACGAACUACUUGACCUCUGUAGACGUCUUACCUCUCCACAAUCCAACAGGAUCUUAUGACGAGAUCCUCUUUUUGACCUAACUGACUUAAACUGGUCAUUUUACACUGUAAAUCCAAAGAAAAUAUGCAAAAGUAUUUUUGACUAAAGACUUUAAUUUUUACUGUAAACGCUUAAAAAGGCAUUAUUUUAAUACUCGACUCAAUUUUGACUUUAUUUCUUAAAUUACAGUAAAGAGCUUAAAAACGUGCACAAACAAAAUGCAUUGAUGCAAAAUCACGUCUCUCCCCUUUUCAGAAGAAAACAAUCGUACCAUUUAAUUAAAACAAAAAAUUACAUGCAUAUUUAAACUCUCAAAUCAAGAUGUGUUUAUCGGGAACUAAUUGCAAUUACAGACGACCAGACAAAACAGUAAUAGUCUAAAGUAGUCCACAAUAGCUCGAUUAAAAAGGAGAGAAAGUGCAUUUUCUCUAUAUGAAAAAAAUCAGGUUCCAUAAUUAUGAAAGAUUUUCAACAGAAUGUGAAUAGAGCUUUGCGUGUUUAUCUGUUUUGUAAAUGCAUACUGUAGUAGUGCAUACUUUGUGUUUUCUCUCUGUACACAGUACACAUUUUAAAUGUCUUUUGUGUUUACCAAGCGUUGUGCGUUAAUGGACCAUCAGCAUUGCCGUUCUUUUUAUUUUGAAAUAAAAUGUUAAACUGAAGACAAA